CGCCCCGCCCGCGUCUACGCCAUGGCGCCUUCCCCAGCAGCGCUGCCUCGAAUCCUCUACGCGGGCGCCCGGGCCCCGUCGCGCUGGCUGGGCCUCCUCGGGAAGGCGACCCCAGGGCCUGCUUGGCCGAGCUGCAGGACGCUUGGAAGCGCGGCGGCCCCCGCGAUCGGCGAGCCCGAGGACGGCAGCGAUUUGCAGGACAAGAUUCUGAACGAGCCCCUCAAGCACUCUGACUUCUUCAAUGUCAAGGAACUGUUUUCCGUGAGAAGCCUCUUCGAUGCCCGAGUACACCUGGGACACAAAGCUGGCUGUCGGCACAGGUUUAUGGAGCCGUACAUCUUUGGGUGCCGCCUGGACCAGGACAUCAUCGACUUGGAACAGACGGCCACGCACCUCCAGCUGGCCCUGAACUUCACCGCCCACAUGGCCUACCGCAAGGGCAUCAUCCUGUUCAUAAGCCGCAACCGGCAGUUCUCCUACCUGAUUGAGAACCUGGCCCGCGACUGCGGUGAGUACGCCCACACUCGCUACUUCACGGGCGGCCUGCUGACCAAUGCGCCCCUGCUCUUCGGCCCCGGGGUCCGCCUGCCCGACCUCAUCAUCUUCCUGCACACACUCAACAACGUCUUUGAGCCCCACAUAGCUGUGAGAGACGCAGCCAAGAUGAACAUCCCCACCGUGGGCAUCGUGGACACCAACUGCAACCCCUGCCUGGUCACCUACCCCGUCCCUGGCAACGACGACUCGCCGCCGGCCGUCCACCUCUACUGCAGGCUCUUCCGGACUGCCAUCACCCGGGCCAAGGAGAAGCGGCGGCAGGUCGAGGCCCUGUACCGCCUGCAGGGCCAGAAGGAGUCCGGAGCCCAGGGCCCAGCCCACCCUCCCGGGGCCGACGCAAACCGCUCCCUGUGAUGUCCACCCUCCUCCUCUCUAAGCAAACCGCGGCCCAGCCUGUCCGAGCUGAGCCCCUUCCCCAGCCCUGGGUCAGCGGCAUCCUUUGUCCUACGUGUGACUUAGUAGAUGUCACGGUGCAGACCUCCACCGUCCCACCGCAGAACCAGGGGCUGAGCAGACCGACGUUGCCGUCUGCAUCUGCUUUAUGGGGAACAGAGCAGAGGGUGAACGACAUGCCAGGCGGCCCCUGGCUGCAGUUAGGACUGGAGCCUGCCGCCUCCAGGGCUGCUGCGGUCCCUGCAACCCGAGCAGCCCUCCCUCACCCUGACCGUGACCUUCGUCAGGAAGGUGUGGUUUUUCUUCUCAGUCUCAGUGCUUUCAGGUGGGCUGCUUUCUUGUCUGCCUGGUUCCAGGGGCUGUUUCGGAAUGAGACGCUGCAGGCAAGCUCCCAGCUGGGUUGGUGGGACAGCCAGGCCAAGCAGAUGACCUGAUUCCGGCAAAAAUAAAACUCAGAUUUGGGCAAAAUG